AUGGCACGUAAGCUGUUUGUUGGUGGUAACUGGAAGAUGAAUGGCAGUUAUAGCCACAUUGACUCCUUCUUUGAAACUCUCAAAAAGGCUGAUACUGAUCCCAAUGCUGAUGUUGUAAUUGGUGUUCCCGCUUGCUAUUUGAAGUAUGCUCAGGAUAAAGCUCCGAAUGGCAUUAAAAUCGCCGCCGAAAAUUGCUACAAAGUUAGUUCUGGUGCAUUCACUGGUGAAGUAAGCACUGAAAUGAUUAAAGACUGUGGAUGUGAAUGGGUCAUUCUUGGCCAUUCUGAGCGUCGUCACAUUUUCGGCGAGUCAAACGAGUUGAUCGGAGAAAAGGUGAAACAUGCUCUCGAUUCCGGUCUUAACGUUAUUCCUUGCAUCGGUGAACUGCUUUCAGAACGCGAGGCGGGCAAAACUAAUGACGUUUGCUUCGCUCAAAUGGAGGCCAUUGCCAAAAAUGUUCCAUCAAAGGAAGCCUGGAAUAAAGUUGUUAUUGCUUACGAACCUGUUUGGGCCAUUGGCACUGGCAAGACUGCAACGCCAGCUCAAGCUCAAGAGGUUCACAAGGUCGUUCGUGACUGGAUCCGCAAGCACGUGGAUGUCGGAAUCGCUGACAAGGUUAGAAUCCUCUACGGGGGCUCGGUUACGGCUUCCAACGCCAAAGAUCUGGGUGCCCAACCCGACGUGGAUGGAUUCCUUGUUGGUGGAGCCUCCCUGAAACCCGACUUUGUCACCAUCAUCAACGCAAGAAGAUGA